UCGGUGACGGACGGCCACAAUCCGAAUGGAAAGCGUGCCGUCUCGAUUGUGGAUAUAAGUGUACUCGGCGAUCUGCCGUGAUCCCUCGUCGUUCGUGGAAAUGGCGAGAUCGAGUAACGACGUCUCGAGGGCCGUGUGCGCGAACGCGAUUCAGGAGAACGACAGGAGGCUGCGUGAGGCGCGAACUAAGAAUCAGGGAAAGGAUCGAAUUAAGCACGAUCUGAACAAACUAUUUGGCAAGCUCAAUCAAGCUGUGGAAGCGAGCUUGCUGAAAUCUUUGGAUAAAUCCAGCCCAUCGUACAACAAGAAUGCUUCGAGAUGCUGGUAUGGUCCAGUUCUGGGAUUUCCACCUGGAUCCUGGUGGGGCAUACGCAUGGACUGUGCCAGAGAUAAGAUGCACGAGCCCUUCAAUGUUGACAUACAUGAGGGACCGUUUGGCGUUAUCUCUGUAUGUACCUCGCAUACUAAUAUGAACGAGGACGUGGAUUACGGUGAUUAUCUAACGCUCACAGGCCAGGUAUAUCACAAGGAGCAACCCAGUGCAGAUCCACUUAUUUGCAACUACAAAAAUCAGAUACCAUUGAGAUUAAUAAGAAGUUACAAUCUGCAAAACAAUAUCGCACCUAAUACUGGAUACAGGUACGAUGGACUGUACAUAGUUAUAAGUUGUUGGAUUGGCAUGACUUCGGAUGGAACCAAGUACAACAAGUUCGCGUUGAUGCGUCUCGCGAAUCAAGAGUCGCCCAGCUGGAGCAGCAAAAACUCGGAAGAAUUGUCUUCCAUGCGACAUCAUAUCCCCCUGUCGAAUCAUCUAAACACGUAUGACUUGAGAAAAUGCUCGAAUAAUAUCGGGGUUACCUGUCGAAAACGAAAACUUAGUUAUGGAGACAGUUGUGAAAGUCUACCGGCUGCAAAAACAAUACCGUCGGUCGACACCAGCAGACGAUCCGUACCCGAGAGUUCCAUUGUGACGCGCCAUGUUUUUAAGAAACUACCGAAUAACGUGGAGAAUGCGAUAUCAACUUCUGUACCUGAUCAAAAGACGUUGCUGUGCCUUGGUUCGUCUUCCAAGCCGAUCGACAUCACUGUUCGUACGGCAUUGGAUAUGGAGGGUAGUCGCUUGACACCCAAGGAGGAUACUAAGCUUAUCGAGAAGAUAAAUAUGGAUAAGGCCCGAGUGAAUUCUCGGCCGAGUGAAAAUUUAUCCUAUAACGGGCAUGUCGUAGUCGAUAACACAAAUACUUCUCUGUUGAACAAACGUAGAGAAAAUUUACCGUCGUUAGCCGUGCAAUCGUCAGAACAUUCUUAUGCAUAUAUAUCUUCAUCGUUAGAUAGUCCCAAAAAUACUAUCGAGCGUAAAGAACAACUUCAAAAUGCUCAAUGCCAGGAUGUACAAAACUUGAAUAUUAAUAAUGAACCAAUACAGAAAUCAAAUUCCAGGGAUGAAUCACCGAGGAAUUCGGUUGCGACACACGAAAGAAUCUCUGAAUGCCAUGACGCUUUGGAAAUAUCGAAUGAAUCUCUUUGCGCGCAAAACAUCAAAUCCUUGGAUUCCUUGACGCCGGAUAAGAUCUUGAAUUUAAUCAAUAAGGAAAUACAUCAUCCUAUGUCCAAGUUGCUGAUCGGAAAUAUGAUAGGACUGACGAUCGAAGAAUGCGCGAUGUGGAAUACACCGAAGAGAGAAACGACUCCGGAGAUCAAGAACAAGAAGCACGUGUCGACAAACAUAAAUCUUAGGAAGAAGCGCGAAGAAACAGACAACAUAAAGGAAAAUGUUGCAUCUUUGGACAACAGAAGAUACUGUAAAUAUUCCAAAUCCAAAAGAUUAAUUUGGAAGGUAACCAAGCAAGCGGAUGGAAAAAAAUUCGACAACUUGCUACCCAGUACGGAUCGUCAAUCCUGUAACGACGUGGACCAGAAACGUAAUAAUAACGUUAGGAGGAGCGAUCGAAAUUGCAUAUCCAAGAAGAAUAACGAGUACUUAUCGCCGUUUCGUGUACAGAGUUCGCUUCAGACUAUCGCGCAACACACUCGCAGUUCAUAUGACAUAAAAACCCGUCUAAGGACUGAUAAGAAAGUAUUGGUAAAACCGAAGUUUCCCGACUCGUCGAUCAAGAAGACCAAGUACAAGAAACGAGACAGGGAGAUUGCCAAUUUGUCAAUAGAUGCUAAUUUCGGUCCCGCGACACGAGGACCCAGGAACAGGAGACUACGAUGCAAAAACAAUGCAUUCGCAAAAUGCAAUACCUUCAAUACCGUAGUAUAUUCGUCCAACAAGCGAUACAAAUCUAGUUUUAAACGGAAAAGCAAACUGACCAAAGUCAGUCGUCAACGUGCCGGGGAGAGACAAACAAAGAAUAAGUAUAGUUUGACCAAUACCGUGCACGCAAACAGCAAAAAUAUUAACAGUUCAAUUGAGAAGCAAAAAAAUCUUAGAAGUAAUGUUAGUAAUAAUAACAAUAAUGAAAAUCGCAACAAUCAUAGCAAUAAUAGCGUUAGCAACAAGAAGAAAGAGAAUGAAACUGUAACAGCUGAUCACAAUAUCAUCACGAUUACCUUCGAUAGAAGUCUUCGAAACAAACCGACUCGGACAAUUCCUUUAUCACAUUAUGGCACUCAACCGCGUUUAUCCUGCUUUCGCAAAAAACAGGAUGAGAAACCCAGUACGGUGGAUGCGACGACGCAGUGCAGACUUAUCUCUGAUAAUCCAGAAGUUUACGUUAUUGGACAGUUAAACGAUCAAAGAGCUAUCUUGAAGAUGGAAUGGGAUAAAUUAGAGAAACUGAAGGAAUCCAUGUUGGACGUGUGCGAUCAAGGAUCCCAGGUUCAAACGUUGCGAGUCUGCACCGCUUCUACGCACACAGAGGAUAAUGCGAGUCGCAAAAGCGACGAGGAAUACGCGGACUCCCUACAGGAUAGGACGUCGGCUUUUGUACCAGUAAAUGCAUUCGAUAGCGAUCUACGGAUCGCGCGGCUUAGAUCGAUCGGCUUCAAACCCAUAAUUAAUCCGCAAUCCCCGCUGGCUGCCCAUGACUUGGAGAUCAUUCAGAACGCGUUUGUGACUACGAGCAAAGUGACGAAGCGCGACGUCGCUGAGGAGUAUCACAAGUAUGCGAAUGAGGAUACCAAUGCGGUCGUUUAUAUGGAUGACGAAUUACAAUAUCAAGAUAUCGAAGAAGAGGAGGAAGAGGACGAGAAACAAUUAACUGCAAAUACGUCGCUAAAAUCAACAUUCAGAGAAGUACAAUUGAAAACCGGUAAUGUGUUUCCGGAAACAUUAUCCUUGCGCGAAAAUUUGGAAUCUCCUUGGCACGGAUGGAAGAAGAUUGUGACGAAUAAUCAAUCAUAUUGGAUCGGCUGGUAGUUGGUGAUAGAUGUUAGGAUAUUGGUAAAUUCAAACAAGGGUGCUAUUGCGAUCAGAAAAAUGAACCGUUUUAUCCAAACGUGUACAAUAUUAUAUCUUUAUUUUUUUGCCAAAAAGUAAAGGCUGUUAAUAACAUUCUAAAUUAUUCUUCUAACAGUAAUAAUAUGGUAUUCGAGUUGAUUAACAUAUUUUUAAGAAAAA